UUUCAAAUUCAUUGUAUACAUAAAAUCUGUGGCAUUUCUGGCCACUCAAGCAACGUACAAGAAAAAUGGAUAAAAGAUGGAGUCUUCAAGGUAUGACUGCUCUUGUUACCGGUGGCACUAAAGGAAUCGGGUCAGUCCUCAUCUUAUAUGCUCUUUUAUUGUGUUGUGAUAUAUACAAAUAACUAUGUUUACCUGUGAGAUCAUAAACAGGGAAGCUGUGGUGGAGGAACUAUCUAUGAUGGGAGCAAGAGUCCACACAUGUGCCAGAGACGAAACUCAGCUUCAAGAACGCUUACGUGAGUGGCAAGCAAUAGGGUUUCAGGUCACCGCUUCUGUCUGCGACGUUACUUCUCGUGACCAAGAGAGAAACUCAUGGAAACUGUUUCAUCCUUCUUCCAAGGAAAACUCAACAUCCUCGUAAAUAACGUGGGUGUAAUUCGUGGGAAGCCAACAACAGAAUAUGUGGAAGAAGAUUUCUCUUUCCACAUAUCAACAAAUUUGGAAGCUGCUUUCCAUUUUAGCCAUCUUUCACAUCCUCUCUUAAAGGCUUCCGGAAAUGGAAGCAUCGUCUUUAUUUCCUCGACUACGGGGAUUGUAUCAGUUUCAUGUGGAUCCAUUUAUAGUCUAACGAAAGGCGCUUUGAAUCAGCUAGCUAAAAAUUUGGCAUGUGAAUGGGCAAAAUACGGCAUCAGAGCCAACGCUGUUGCUCCUAAUAUCAUCCAUACUCCUAUGUCUCAAUCUUAUCUUGAGGACGUAAGUUUCAAGGAAGGAUUGUUCAGUAGAACUCCACUUGGCCGCGCUGGAGAGCCGAAUGAAGUUGCAUCACUAGUGGUCUUCUUGUGUCUUCCUGCAGCUUCUUAUAUUACUGGUCAAACCAUUUGUGUUGAUGGAGGUCUCACUAAAAGAUGGAGUCUUCAAGGUAUGACUGCUCUUGUGACCGGUGGCUCUAAAGGCAUCGGGGAAGCAGUGGUGGAGGAAUUAUCAAUGUUGGGAGCAAGAGUCCACACAUGUGCAAGAGACGAAACUCAACUUCAAGAAAGCUUACGUAAAUGGCAAGCAAAAGGGUUUCAGGUUUCCACUUCUAUCUGCGAUGUUUCUUCUCGUGAGCAACGAGAGAAACUCAUUGAAACCGUUUCCUCUCUCUUCCAAGGAAAACUGAACAUCCUUGUAAACAAUGCGGGAACGUUUAUAGACAAGCCGACUACAGAAUUUACAACAGAAGAAUACUCGUUUAUAAUGGCUACAAAUCUCGAGUCGGCUUUUCAUCUCUCACAGCUCUCUCAUCCUUUACUAAAAGCUUCAAGUUCAGGGGGCAUCGUGUUCAUGUCCUCUGUUUCUGGUGUUGUGCAUACCGGUUCAUCCGUCUAUGGAGCAACUAAAGGAGCUAUGAAUCAGCUAGGAAGAAACUUAGCAUGCGAGUGGGCAAGUGACAACAUAAGGGUUAACUCUGUGUGUCCAUGGGUCAUAACAACUCCUUUAGUUGCCGAUAUGCUCAGUGAUGAAAAGGUUAACAAAGCAGUGGAGAGUAGGACACCGAUGGGGCGUGUUGGAGAAGCAAAUGAAGUCUCAUUGCUUGUGGCAUUUCUAUGUCUUCCUGCAGCUUCUUAUAUAACUGGUCAAACCAUUUGCGUUGAUGGAGGUUUCACUAUCAACGGCUUUUCUUACAAGCCUCGGCACUAAACCCUUGAUUGUUUGUUUUCAUGUGUUUUUUUUCUUGAUAUUUAAAUUGCAAUAUCUAGCAACUUAAGGAGACCUUUUCUUUUGUUAAUUAUAAACAAAAAGGUAUGUAAAGAGACAAAUAAGACAUAAUUAGAUUGA